CUUCUGCCUCAGCCUGAGCUUCACCGGAGCAACGCUGGACUCCGGUUUGUGUUAGUUCCAGAUGGAGCGGAGAGGAGAUCCGACCCCGCUGCUCUGCUGCUGGAUCCUCGUCAGCUGCGUGCUGGCUGAAGACUGGACUCGUGUCCACACUGAGGACGAGCUCUUCAGGAGCUUGUUUGGUGGAUACAGCAAGUGGACGCGUCCGGCACGAAACGUCACCGACGUGGUCAUCGUCAAGUUCGGCCUCUCGAUCGCACAGCUGAUAGACGUGGAUGAGAAAAAUCAGAUGAUGACGACCAACGUGUGGCUGAAACAGGAGUGGACGGAUUACAAGCUGCAGUGGAGUCCCUCUGACUUUGACAACGUGACGUCCAUCAGAGUUCCCUCUGAGCUCAUCUGGGUGCCCGACAUCGUUCUGUACAACAAUGCAGACGGAGAGUUCGCCGUCACCCACAUGACCAAAGCCCAGCUGUUUCACACAGGUCGUGUCCGCUGGGUGCCGCCGGCCAUCUACAAGUCGUCCUGCUCCAUCGACGUCACCUUCUUCCCCUUCGACCAGCAGAGCUGCAAGAUGAAGUUCGGCUCCUGGACAUACGACCGAGCCAAGAUCGACCUGGAGCCCUUUGAGAACACCGUGGACCUGAAGGAUUACUGGGAGAGUGGCGAGUGGGCGAUUGUCAACGCCGUGGGCACAUACAACACCAAGAAAUACGACUGCUGCCAUGAGAUCUACCCGGACAUCACCUACUACUUUGUCAUCCGCCGCCUCCCCUUGUUCUACACCAUCAACCUCAUCAUCCCCUGCCUCCUCAUCUCCUGCCUGACCGUCCUGGUUUUCUACCUGCCGUCGGACUGCGGCGAGAAAAUCACCCUGUGCAUCUCCGUGCUGCUGUCGCUCACCGUCUUCCUGCUGCUGAUCACAGAGAUCAUCCCGUCCACGUCGCUGGUCAUACCUCUGAUAGGGGAGUACCUGCUCUUCACCAUGAUCUUCGUCACGCUGUCCAUCGUCAUCACCGUGUUCGUGCUGAACGUGCACCACCGCUCGUCAGCGACUCACACCAUGCCUCGAUGGGUCCGGAGGCUCUUCCUCUCAGCGGUGCCACGCUGGUUGUGCAUGAAGCGUCCACUUCACGGUCUCAGGCCUGUCAGGAGGCGCCACCUGACUGAUAAGCUCCUCCCUGUGCAGACUCCUUGCCCCUCCCACAUCACGUCCACCUGGAUCACCGAGGAGUCAGACAUCGAUCUCCAUGGUUACCAGGAUGACGGCGGUUGCCACACCAGCCACCAGCUGGACUCCUUGGAUGCCGGAGAUGAAAUUCACAACUGCGAUCAUCACCCGAACACGGACGACCUGGCGAGGUUUGGUUUGAAGAUCGCUGGUCGGCCGAGGGUUUCUCCCCUCUCUCCUCCACCCCCUCCAUCUCUUGGAUACUCCCUCCUGCCACAGAGACACUCCAGGCUCAGCUUGGACUGGGAUGCCCCUCCUGUGGAGCGUGGCUCGUUCCAGAGCCCGUCGGUCUCUGUUCUGUCUCCAGCAGUGGUAUCCGCCCUGGAGGGGGUCACCUACAUCGCAGAGCAUCUGAGAGCAGAGGAUGCAGACUUUUCGGUGAAGGAGGACUGGAAGUAUGUCGCCAUGGUUGUAGACCGGAUCUUCCUGUGGAUGUUCAUUAUCGUGUGCUUGCUGGGGACAGUGGGACUCUUCCUGCCUCCGUGGCUCUCUGGGAUGAUUUAG